UAAAUGUUAAAUAACCAAUAACUCCAUUUCUUUAAGAUAUAAUGCAUAGUUAAGUAAGACAAGAAGACCAUUACAAAGGAGGAAAAUAAUAAAGAAACCCAUUUUUCCCUGCAAUGAAGAAAAAUAUACAAUCAAUUUUGAAGUUGAGGUAUCUCUCCUCCAGAAGCUGGAGGAUAUGGUUUUCAAGCAGGUAGAUCUGAACAAAGAGAUCUUGAGGAAGAAUGAGUAUCAUUUGGAGCAGUCAGUUGAUGAUCUCUAUGGUGUUGCUGAGUGGGAUCCUAUCCUUGAAGAGCUAAAGGAGAUGGGUUUUUGUGACAAGGAAAUGAACAAGAAGCUGCUUAAGAAGAACAGCGGAAGCAUCAAGCGUAUUGUCAUGGAUCUUAUUGCUGGAGAGCAGUAGGACAUAAAUAUACUUGUCCUAUCGUGUGAUGGAUAGUUUGGUGUGAAUAAAUGGUAGGAUGCUACUGCGUCUACUAUGUUUUGGCUACUGUUCGUCGAUUAUGAUUUGACAAACUCCUUUAAGUUAUGUAUUUACUUGAACUAGCUAUGUAAUAUAACACUAUGAUACUAGUCGUAUCUGGAAACAUGUGGUAUGCAAAAUUUAAUGAAUAUGAAUGUUUUUUUUCCUAAUAGCCACCAAGAGAAUUUUACCUUCUUGUUAAAAAGAGUUAGGCAUAUAUCCAACUCUAUGUAUUCGUAUUGCGUGGUCUUUGCUACUUCUGCCCUAGGCCCUUGCCUACAGGUCAUUCUCAAAUCAAGGUAGAAAGAAAGGAAUUAAUCACACAACUCUUCUACUAUCUUAAAAUAAUUAUACCACACAUGCUUGAAAUAAAAUAGACUAAUUUUGCCUUUGUUUAAAAAGAUGAGAAACAUUAGGGUGAUAGUUUACUGAGUUAAUAUCUCCCAUGAACACUCGACUAAGGAAUUGUAUCAUAGAAAAUUACUCAAUUUUCAUUUUUACUUCAAAAGUCAUUCAACUAUAAAUGUUUGACUCACGAAACAUGUUCAUACCAAAUAAUAUGUAUUGUGAUCAUAUCUUACAUCCAUCAAAUACUACAUAAUCUGUAGAUGUAAAAGGAAUAAUUUUUCCCUCAUAUCUACAAUGUCCUCUAUUCUUAUUCACUACACUAGUCCAAUUUAAUUGCCCUUGAUAUCUCUUAUCUCUAUGUCUAGUUGAGUCAGGAAGGAUUCACAAUGCUCUUUCAAAACUUAACUAAAUUAGACAUAUUUUUCUUUUUAAAGUAAAAAUCUUAUCCAACAUACAAUGAAUGUAUCAUUCUCUUCUUAUUUGAGAUAUUUUGAUCUUGUAGAAACUAACUUGCAAGGAGACUUGCCAAAAACCAUUUUCCUCCUACCCAAAUUGAAAACUCUCAAACUGUCAGAGGAUAAUUUCAUAAAACCACGCCAACUCCAAAACAGUAAAAGGAAGGAGAGAAGGUAAGUAAAAGUGAGGAAAGACACACAAGUUAGGACCAGCACAGAGCAUCUAUCUGCUUUCUCCCCUGCUCAUACUCAAAUUCAUUCAAAGUAAUGCAUUAUAAACAAGAUGUACUU